AUGAUCUUCCAGUUAAACGACCGUACCGCCUGCGCCCUGGCGUCAUCAGCGGCUGCAGAGGGGGCUGAAAAUGCCCCAAUCCUGUCCCCACCCCACACGUGGACGGAGAGCAGCGACGAAUCCACGAGUGACGAAACGGCGCGCCAGGACGAGCGGCUCCUCUUUACGGCCACCGUCUCGAUCCCGGACGGCUCGAUCCUAGCCAGUCAGCCCGUUUCCAACGCCUAUGAGGCGAAGGAACUCGAAGUCGGUACCUGCUUCUUGAAGCUACUCCUCGGCACCGGCCAAAGUUUCUUCCUCUCCGCCGCCGCCACCUCGAUUCGACAGCGCGUCUUUUCGAGGGUGAAAUGUGGGGCGACGAGUCGGGCGUGCGAGCUGCAAUGUGAGUUCGAGCAGGGCGCCGACGGGCAGCGCAAGGCGCGCGUGGCCGCACUCUGCUUAAGAUCAGCCUUCGGCCCCACCGCCGGCCCCGUCCAGCCGACCUCGUUCACCACCAAGCACUCGCUGAGCUGCGCCCUGACUCAUAUCGACUACGCGAGCGUCCCGUUCAUUGGUCAUCUACCGACCGACGUGAUUGGGCGGUCGCUGUUGUCAUUCGUCUACGCCCCGGAUGUGCACAUCAUCAGACAGGCGCACCUCGACUUGCACAACCAACAAGGCGGAGUCGUCCGGUCGAUCGGCCCGAUCCGGCUGGUCGCCUACAACGGCGCGCUGUUGACCGUGGAGACGGAGUGGUCGGCGUACAUCUCGCCGUGGAGCCGCAAGAUCGAGAUGGUCGUCGCCAGGCAUCGUGUCUUUGACGCGCCAGUUGGAGACGCUGAUGUUCUAUCGCCACCUCCGGCCGGUACCCCAACCUUCACGUUACCCCUACCUCUCGUGAAAACCUUUGAAGAGGAGUUGAAGACGAUCAUGAGCCGGCCAGUCCACGACAGCCCUGCCACCACCCCGACCCUCACGAACCCGUUCGCCCAAUUCCAGGCCUUGCAAGCCAUCCGGCCACUCUAUCCAUUAGGUCUCUCUACCCAAUCCCCCGAUCUCUACUCGUACGUCGAGCGCCUUGUCGAGAACCUCGUCGUCCAGGGUACCCCCGGAAACGUUCAUGAGCAAUUGGCGCAUUUCCAGCAGCAGGACAAACCGACCUCGUCCUCAGCCCCGGCCACUCCAUCCCCGAUGGUCAACGCCGAAGGCGCACCCCUCUCCUACAGCCAAAUCAACUGCCUCGAGAAUGUGCACCGAUUACUCAAAAGCCAACAAACACCAGCCCAUGAACGCCCACAACCUGUUGUACAUGAUCUCAGUGCCGCCCAAGAUAGCCUACCCCUCACGCGAGCCGUCCUCCUCGAACACACCCGGAGAUGGGAGGAGCAGUGCAAGACGACGUGGCACCACCGGUUGACCCGGAAACGCCAUCAGAACCACGAUGGAAGCGAGCAGGGAGCAGAACCCACCACCGCCAAGAAGAGCCGCAGCGGGGCGAGGUCGCCAAAGUGGACAGCGCCCAGGCCGUUGCCGCCGAACCCGUCACCACCUACAGCGUAUCAGAUCACAAGCACCCCUCUACCAGCCGCCGGCACCCCUCGCCCAUCGGCCUUCCACCAAGUCGCGCCGCGCUCUAUCGUGCGCCCUGGCACCGUACCCGGCCCGUCUGUCAUCCAGCCAACCCACGACCAUACCACGUUGAAAGCACGGCAUCCCGUCCGAUCUGCCAAGUUAAGCAACGUUGGGCUCGGUAACCCCUACGACUUGUCGCGCUUCUCCAUGGCAUCAAACGAGGAAAUACAACGAAAAAAGAAGCAAUACGGGCUCGUCCUGAAAAAGCCAAAUCAAGUAACGAACGUGAAGGUGAUUGCGCCAAUUUUUGGCGGAUCGGACGAUGAGCUGGAUUCCUUGGAUGCUCCGAAGCAAGGAAACUCGGGCGCUAGUCUACGUACGUUAAAAGAAGCCGAGCGACUGCAGCAACAAGCACUGGCCGCCGACCCAACAAUUUUCGACUAUGACAAGAAUUAUGAUGAGAUCCAGCGAAAACGCGAUGAAAAGAAAGCAGAAGACAAAGUAAAGGACAAGGAACGCCAAUCUAAAUAUGCUGAUGAUAUUAUGAGGGCGCAUAUGAUACGUAACUUGGAGGAGAAAAGUCGCGAAGAACGAUUGCAACAAAGGGAACGCAUAAAGGAAAAAGGCGAAUUUGACGAGAAGGAAGUGUUUGUUACGGGUGCUUAUCGUCAACUGAUGGAGGAGGUUGAGGUCUAUCGAAAAGAAGAAGCACGUCAGAAUCUUAUUGACGAGGCCACCGCUAUCGACAAACAGAAAAUUUGGCAAUCCGGAUUUGCGAGGACGAUUUUAUCAUCGAUCGCUCGAGAUGGGGAUGACGGGACGACGUCUGUAAAGCAAGAACCCGAGACAGCUGAGAAGCCCGUGGAGUUCAAGCCGCGCAAAGCCACUAAUAUUCGCAAGCGGGAGAAGAGCGCCGAGCCGUCCGAAGACAAGAAAGAUUCCGACAAGCCGAAGAAGUCGAUUUACGACACUGAUGACGAAGAGGAGGCCCCGAAACCAACGCAUAAAAACUUUGGUGUGGAAUUGAGGGCCGGAUUGAACAAACCAGCGGCUAAACCCGAGGAAAACACAGAAAAGGCGCUGACCAAGGCCGAGCGCCUACGGCGCGCGAUGACUCCAAGUGACGAGGAGGGCGAAGUCGAACGGAGAGAUCGAAGGGCCGACAGAAAAUCCAAAAAGCCUGAGCCGAAGGAAGAGGAGCCGGCCGAAGUUGACGAAAAACCAAGACCGAAACAACCGAAGGCACCCCGGCCUGGAACACAACAUGCUAUGCGUCGCAUGAACGACCGAAAAAUGGAUGAAUCUGAAGCGAAGCAGUUGCGUCUCGAGAGCUUCAAGAAAGUGCUGGCGCAGCGCAACGGCCCCAAGGAGAUCGAGGAAGCCCGUCAGCGUUACCUGGAACGCGUUGCAGAUAGCGUUGUAACAUUACCGUUU